GGCAUUUUUGCCGUAGUUUGACCAAUACUAAGGAAAUCCUACGAUUCGACCUCGACAGCUCUCCUUUCGAGGUAGCGCAUGCGCAGAAGGCAAAGCACAAAUGGCGAAGUGGAGUCCCAUCGCAAAUUCCACGCACCCCGCCACGGGCACCUGGGGUUUCUGCCCCGCAAGCGCAGCAAGAGGCACAGGGGGAAGGUGCGUACGUGGCCCAAGGACGACCCGGGCCAACCUGUCCACCUCACCGCCUUCCUGGGAUACAAGGCGGGCAUGACCCACACCGUCAGGGAGGUGCACCGCGCGGGCCUCAAGCAGUCAAAACGAGAGGAGGUGGAGGCCGUGACCAUCGUCGACACCCCCCCCGUCAUCGUGGUGGGAGUGGUGGGAUACAUUCAGACCGUCCGUGGCCUGCGUUCCCUGAAAACCAUCUUUGCCGAGCAUCUCGGCGACGAGUGCAAGCGCAGGUUCUACAAAAACUGGCACAAGAGCAAGAAGAAGGCCUUCACCAAGUACAGCAAGAAAUGGCAGGAUGAGACGGGGAAGCAGCAGCUGGACAGGGACUUUGCCGCGAUGAAGAAAUACUGCUCCGUCAUCAGGGUCAUUGUUCACUCCCAGAUGCGACUGCUGCCCAUAGAGCAGAAAAAAGCCCACAUCAUGGAGGUGCAGCUAAAUGGGGGCAGCAUCGCAGACAAGGUGGACUGGGCAAAGGAGCGUCUGGAGCAGGCUGUGCCUGUAUCUGCUGUCUUCUACCCGGGUGAGAUGAUUGAUGUCAUUGGCGUCACCAGGGGUCGUGGCUUCAAAGGUGUGACAAGCCGCUGGCACACAAAGAAGCUCCCCAGGAAGACUCACAAGGGCCUGAGGAAGGUGGCCUGUAUCGGAGCCUGGCAUCCAGCCCGAUGCGGCUUCACUAUCGCUCGUGCUGGUCAGAAGGGAUACCACCACCGUACUGAGCUCAACAAGAAGAUCUACCGUAUUGGUAGGGGUGUCCACACCCAGGAUGGGAAGGUGAUCCGGAACAAUGCCUCCACUAACUACGACACCAGCCAGAAGACCAUAACCCCCAUGGGAGGCUUCCCCCACUAUGGUGAGGUGAAUAAUGAUUUUGUCAUGGUGAAAGGCUGCGUGGUCGGGGCUAAGAAACGCGUCCUCACUCUCAGAAAGUCUUUGCUUGUGCACAAUUCUCGCAAGUCCAGGGAAGCCAUUGAGCUCAAGUUCAUUGACACCACUUCUAAAUUUGGUCACGGCUGCUUCCAGACUGCCCAGGAGAAGAGGGCAUUUAUGGGGCCACUGAAGAAAGAUGCCCUGAAGAAACUGCCAGAGUCUCUGCCCAAGGAUGCCUGAAAAAUUUUAUUAUGAGUUUCAAAUACACUGUGCUGUUGUUCCAUGUAAAAUAGCUCAAUGCAACAGCUGUGUGUUUGUGUUUUAACUGCAUCAUCUACAUAUUUAUAUGCAGUUUAUGUUCAACAAUAAACAUAUAUUUAAACUUU